AUGACUCGGGCCCAUCGUCACCUCCUAGGCACCUGCCUCGGGGCUUUCCUGCUACUUCUGCUUUACCGGUAUCAUCGCACAAACGGGAUCCAUCUCUCGACCCCUCCACAUGAUGCACCUGAAGUCACUCCGAAGGUUCGAAUCAACCCGAAAUAUCUAUGGAGAAAGCUGCCCGUACGAUACCCAGUUGUUGAAGUCCAGCCAUUACCUGUCGUCACACUGCCCCAGACGCUACCAAAGGUCCAACUGGCAGACUUCAAAGUAUCCCAUCUCAUUUUGGACCGCCAAGCUAGCAGACGGUCGGCCGCAAAACAAGCCUUUGAACGAUGUUGGAAGUCAUACCAAUCGCUUGCUUGGGGUGCAGAUGAGCUUGCGCCUUUAAGUGGUAGCCCUGAAAAUAAAUCGGGCGGAUGGGGUGCUACGCUAGUUGACAACCUUGACACAUUGUGGAUUAUGGGCAUGCACGACGAGUUCAAAAAAGCCGUGGCUUCGGUCACGAAUAUCAAAUUUGAAACUACACAGUCGCCCGAAAUCAAUACCCACAAUGUCAACAUUCAUUUACUCGGAGGCCUGCUGGCGGCGUUUGAUCUCAGUGGUGAUCGGAAAUUGCUGGAAAAAUCUAUCGAGCUAGGCGAUAUGCUUUACGCUGCCUUUGAUACCCCGAACAGAAUGCCCAUCAUACAUUGGAACGCACAUAAGGCUGCCCUCCACGAGGAGCAGCUCGCAGAGGAAGAUAUACUUGGUGCAGAACUAGGCUCGUUUGCAUUGGAAUUCACAAGGCUGUCUCAGAUUACCGGUGACCCAAAGUACUUUGAUGCGGCCCAUCGAGUGAUGAAAUUGUUCGACAGACAACAGAACGCCACCAAGCUCGCAGGUCUGUGGCCUGUCUCCGUGAAUGCUAGAGAAGAGCUUUUCGACGACAAUACCUUCACACUAGGUACCGAAGCAAGCUCUCUGUAUAGGUCGUUACCCCUGGUAUACGCUUUACUAGGAGGUCAAGUGCCCAUGUAUCGCAAGAUGUACGAGGACGCCAUGCUCACAGCUGCGGCCCAUAGUUUAUUCCGACCAAUGGAUCCUGAGGGCAAGAACGUGCUCAUGUCUGGCACUACUCGAGUAACCACCACAGAGAAUGGGGAUCUGCAAACGCACCUAGAGGCACAAAUGCAGUACCGAUCUUGUUUUGCGGGGGGUAUGUUUGCACUAGGAGGCACACUACUCAACAUCCCCACCCACCAAGAAAUCGCCCACAAAUUGGUUGAUGGAUGCAUAUGGGCUCACCGGGUCAUCCCACUGGGGAUUAUGCCCGAAACCUUUGAUGUGGUUCCAUGUGCAUCGCAGACAAACUGUCCAUGGAGCGAGUGGCUCUGGAAGCAGGAGGUCUGGAAAAAGGCGAACAGCCUCGAGCCAGAACCAAAUCCAAAUCUCAACGUCAAUACCUUCAUUAAAGACCACCGUCUGCCCAAAGGGAUUGUCGGAAUCCCUAACACUGCUUAUAACUUGCGCCCGGAAGCGAUCGAGAGUAUGUUUACUCUCUACCGCAUCAGUGGCCGUGAGGAUCUGCUCGAUACAGCCUGGGAUAUGUUCCAGGCAAUGCAAAGUGCGACGCAGACGAAGAAUGGCAACGCGGCCAUCGUUGCCGUCACGGAUGAGGGCAGUGGGCCGACCCUCAUUGACUCGAUGGACAGUAUGUGGAUGUCGCAGACCAUCAAAUAUUUCUACCUCAUGUUCAGCUCUCCAGACCUGAUCAGUUUGGAUGAGUUUGUUUUCAAUGCUGGAGGACACCCGCUGAAACGCCCCAAGGCAUCAUGA